GUCUCAUUUGGUGUUUGCUCAACAAACAUUUCGGCACCUUUCAGCGUCGUCUUUGUCCUGCAAGUUUGGUCUGUAUAUUCAAGCAUUAGAGGCACGGCGAUAUAAAGUGGGUGGUGUAUCUAGAUUUCUGUUUCCGUUGUCUUGAUCUUUCCGUUAUCCGUAUCUCCCGCCUCCCCCAUCGUGCCGACAAUCGCAUCACUUUGCGCUGCAGCAAAAUGGCUUCAGAAAGACCUGAGAUUCCACCUACUCAACCUUCAUUCACCCUCAGAAACUCUCACACAUCCCUGCUACCCAAGCCAAACCCAUGGUCCGUACGUGCUGUGCUACGCGACCUCCCCAAUCCACCGUCCGAAGGCUCCUCCUCUCCCAUACCCUUCUUCCACUACCUUGAACGCCUGAAGAUCGAGAAGCGCGAAGGAUGGCGAAGAUUUGGUAUCUCAACCGGCGAAUCCAUAGCAGACCACAUGUACCGCAUGUCGAUGAUCACCAUGCUCGCUCCGCCAGAACUGAGUUCACGACUGGACAUCCCGAGAUGCACGAAGAUGGCACUGGUACAUGACAUGGCCGAAGGGCUCGUUGGGGACUUGACGCCGGUUGAUGGUGUACCGAAAGUGGAAAAGAACAGACGUGAGGCUGAGACCAUGGACUGGGUUGCCCAGUCAUUACUUGGGAAGGUCCAUGGUGGCAUUGCAGGACAGGAUCUUCGCGCAGUCUGGCAAGAAUACGAGGACAGCGAGACUUUGGAGUCGAAAUUCGUUCAUGAUGUGGACAAGUUGGAGCUGAUAUUACAGAUGGUGGAGUACGAGCGUGCCAACAACUGCGCCAUUGACCUGAGUGAAUUCAGCUGGGUGGCGAGGAGAAUCAGUCUGGACGAGAUGAAGGUGUGGGCCCAGGAGAUCCUGGAUGAAAGAGCCGAGCUGUGGAAGAGCAAAGAUAUGGCACCUCGAGAACCCACGAAAGCGGCGACAAUCAAGGAGCAACAAGACCAAUACUACAGCAACGGGGAGGGCACGGUGUUGGGCAACGGAGUGGCCGAGAUGAACGGACAUGCGAAAUGAUAACGGGAAUGAGUGACGCGAUGUGCAUUGCAACAGAAGUGCGAUUUGCUGGAAAGCGCCUUGGAAGCCAUGAAGACCAAUCAAUGAUACCCAGAAAGCAAUUAGACGCGUGUUUGGACCUUUGCUCUUUUCCCGUGGCUGACAAUCUGCCCGGAUUCUAGCGCACAGUGACUCUAUCUCUAUGCACGAGCAGUUAGCUGAAUUGUUGAUACAUUAAUCGAUCGUGGCAGAAAC